UGCGCGUGGGAGGAGGAGCGGCGGCCCAGUGGAGUUCGGGAAGUCGAGCAGCGCAGACGCGUUCGUUCUGCUCCGCGACGAUCCUAGUCUUGGCCAUACCUUCUGCGUGCCGUUAUUACGCGUACCCACCGCAAACCGGUCGUCCGAAUACGCACGCUCUCGUAACUCCCUUCUUCGCGCUCCCCGCGACCGCCGAAAACCGAGCAAAACGAAGCGAAACGAAAGUCGAUGGGAAGUGGAGGUGCGUCGUCGUCUCGCGGUUCAUCGCCGUAUCGUCGACCGCGGAACGAUCAGGCCGAUCGAGACGAAUCGCGGCGCGUCUUCUCGCGAGUGACGGUGGUGAUCCUGCGACCGUAGCCGUUCGCUUCGAGGGAGAUCGAGAGUGACAGACCAGCCGGUAGCAUCCGAGGACCGAGAGGAAUCGGAACGGAGGCGGACGAUAGAGACGAGGCGAGGGUCGCGAAACGGACCGAGGGGCUUUCGGAAAAGUUGGAAACCAAGGUGUCGUCGCGCGAGAAGGUAUGCCUACGAAAGGGGAAAGGGGAAAAGCGACGGACUUCAGCAUCGCGGCCAUCAUGGCGCCCAGGGGUCCGUCCUUCGGGCAUUACCACCUGCAGGGCAUCGGCAACACCGCCGCUACCGCUAACACCAACUUGGAGUGUCCGACCGGCCGAGGAUUCGUCGCCAAUUCCGCUCUAGAUCACCGGUUAAGGACGUCGCCGGUGAACAUCGUGGCGACCGCGACCGUCGUGACGGAGGAGGCACUCCUGGCCGACGACGAGGUCGAGAACUGCGAGGGCGAAAGCGAGGGCACCGAGAAGUCCGGCAACGAGGAGGACGAGGAGGUCGACGUCGACGUCGAGGAGUGCAGCAGCGUCGACGACGGGCCGGUCCACAGCGCGCCCGACGACCUCAGCUCGACGUCGUCGAGAAAAUGUCAGGACGUGCACGGCGAGCACGAACGAAAGCACCGGCUCAGGACCAGUUGCAACUCCGACGAGCUUCGGGACGUCGAAUGCCACCUCGAGACCAAAGAAUUGUGGGACAAGUUCAACGACCUUGGCACCGAGAUGAUCAUCACCAAGACGGGCAGACGAAUGUUCCCCACCUGCCGGGUGUCGUUCAGCGGCUUAAAGUCCGAGGGCAAGUACGCGGUGCUGAUGGACAUCGUGCCGGUGGACAACAAGCGGUACCGAUACGCGUAUCACAGGAGCUGCUGGCUGGUCGCGGGCAAAGCGGAUCCUCCGGCACCGGCCCGGCUCUACGUGCACCCGGACUCCCCGUUCACCGGGGAUCAGCUCCGAAAGCAGGUGGUCUCGUUCGAGAAGGUUAAGCUGACGAACAACGACAUGGACAAGCAUGGCCAGAUCGUGCUGAACUCGAUGCACCGAUACCAGCCGAGGAUACACUUGGUCCGCUGCCGACAGACGGACGACAACAACCUGCACAUCACCGACCUGCAGAAGGAGGAGCACAAAACCUUCAUAUUCCCCGAGGCGAUCUUCACCGCGGUGACGGCCUACCAGAAUCAGCUGAUAACGAAGCUGAAGAUCGACAGCAACCCGUUCGCCAAGGGUUUCCGGGACUCGUCGAGACUGACGGACUUCGAUCGGGACCCCAUGGAGCUGAUGGAGCAGCAGCUGGUGAGGUGCGGCGUGGCCCCGGUGCGGCUGUACGAGCACCUCGCGAUGUCGUCCCCAGCGGCGGCGGCGGCCGCGGCUGCGGCGGCCGCAGCGGCCGCAGCCCUGGGCGCGCAACAGCAGCAACAGCAUCAUCCGCAUCACCAACAGCACCACCACCAGCAAUCGGCGUCGCAGCAGCACCAGCAACAGCAGUCCCAGCACGAGAGCCCGGCGCACGCUCUGCCGCCGUGGAUGACGCCUUCGACGGCUCUGCUGUACGGGACCGUGGGACAGACGCACCCGGGGACCAGGCCGGCGACCGGCGCCUCCUCGCCGUACCCCGCCGUCGCGGCCACCGCGCCCUUUCCCUACCCGGCGGCGCUUCCCUGGCCCUGGCAGCCGCCGCCCGUCGCGAUGAUCUCGCGAAGGUCCUCGCCGCCGACCGCCGCGGCUCCCACCCUCAGGUACACGCCGUAUCCGCCACCGGCGAGCACGCCUCCGCCGCUGAGGACUCGUCCGACCACCCCCAAUUAGCGCACCCUCUCGAUCCGCCGUUGAUAACGCGGCCGUACCUCGUCCCGUCGUCUGUCGCCUGUCUCAUCCCCGCGCACAGUAGUCUGGCAACCGGUGUACUCUGGCCGAAACUCGACCUUUACAAUUUCUCGAUUUACACCGUAAGCUCCGGGGCUGGUUUCGCGAGAACUCGCGCGCGUCGUAUUUUAACACUGGAACUACCAAACCGGUCGAGGCGACUGGUUAUUGUUACGAUUGUUUUUCCGUUCGAAUUCUCGAUACCGUGAAGAACGUUUUCGUCGGAAAGUUUUAUAGGAACUUCGUUAUGUUAUAAUAUAUGUUAUAAUGAAAAAGCGUAGGAAGUUUAAAUGAAUCCAAUCUUGUCAUUGUCAUAAAACAAUAUGCGUUAAGCAUGUUUAGGGCUUGUUGGUAGUUCCAGCGUUGAGGUUUUCGACCGUGUUGCAUCGUUCCGCGAAACUCGGUGUGAAACUUUUAGAAUGUCGAACACACGAAGGUGUACAACUUUUGAAAUAUCAAGCAGCUUUCCAUGGAGGCGUACGCUUUUCAUAUAGCAAUCGUUCCGACAUUAAAUUAUAAUUACUUUGCUGUUUCAUUAUUUUAUUAUUUCGUUAUUUUAUUGUGUUCUGUUUAAUAGGCAUCUUCGAUGCGAUGCCUGUACUUUCCUUUGCACCGCGUUGCACCGUGCACAUGUUGUAACACGUGCGCAUAGGUCGCCGGUAUUGAACGGCGCGCAUGACUAAUUAGACCGCGGAUAUCAUGUAUUUAUGACGGAAACGAGUAGAUCAAUCUCAAGACGUAAAAAUAUUUGGAGAAUUUAAAAAUGUUGUUGUAGCAUUUGCAACUCGUUCACACGAUUGAGGACAGAAAUAAAUGUUUCUUGUCGUCUUGCGAUCAAUGCAGACAAUUUUCAUUUUGCGUAAAACUCCGCAGUCUGAUUGUUAUAGACUCGAAGUAACUUUUACAGUGCUACCGACGUCUGAACGAAAAUUUGACGACUAAUCGUAUUCGUGUAUUUCUGUUUUCUAUCAUUUCUAGUACAGAAAUGUACGAAUACGAUGAAUUGCCAAGCUUUUGUUCAAAUAUUACUUGGAAAUGCAAAAGUUAUAUCGAGUACUGAAAGUACUGAAAAUUUCAUCGAGAAAUCGGUUCACCCUAUUAUGGAUCACGAACAAUCAAAGAUCGCGAAGAAUCGCACUUUCUCACGAAUUUCGAGUGAAAAACAGAUAAUUUUUACAAUUUUCAGUGGCUUGACUAUGCGUCGAGCGAUUUCAAUGAAAUUUCCAGUAUGCGUAUAAGCAGACCGCGGAUCUUCGUGUAAAAUAAAAACGAUUUGCAUCGACUGCAAGAUGAAUGAGCCAAGUACAACUUUCUUUCCUUUUUUUUUUGUUAAUCAAUUCAAUAAGUUGGAAUUGGUACACCAACUAUUUUAAUUCCUUUUACUCUUUUCACUGUUUUCAGCCUCAUCCGCCUAUUCUUGCCGUAAAUGCAUAAAAUCCGCAGUCUAAAUAUAAGAUACCGGAAAUCUGCAAAAUCCAUCGUUUGAAUCUCCGUUCCAGGUUCAGACAAGAUAGUUCGAAAACUCUCGUCCUUUAUAUUGUUCGCCGCUCCAAGUGAUAGCACAAUUAACCCUUUGCACCCGAAGCGAAAUUAACGCAAAAUUUCAAAUAGUUCUUCUGGUCCACGGUAUUUCCAUUUUAUACGAUAUAGUGCAUUUUGAACGCACGCUUUCAACAUUUCCUCGAAUAUAAACAAAUUUGAUCGAUAAGAUUAUUUUGAAACGCGACGUAACAGUUUUUAAUGGCGUCUCGCAAUCGACACUCGAUUGCAAAGGGUUAAAAAUAAUAUUUGAAUCGUUGCACGGCGAACUAGAAACAUUUGAGCACAACAUUCGAGUCAUUUAAUUUAAAUUAAGUCGAGCUUUAAAAAAAGGUUGUUGUUGCGUUUCGAAAGGUGUACGAACGCUUUCUGCCACGGGUUGUAAUAACCUUGUCAUUAAUUAACCUUGUAACACCGCUGAGACCAUUUCGGACACGAUGACCGGGUUUUUAGCCUGUAUACUGUGUCGCGGGAGGACGCGGCCCAGCCAAAGAAUUCCGCGAGAGCGUCGAUUCGGAGAGAAGCCCAGGCACCGAAUCCUCGGGCCGACCUCCGACCUCGGCCACCUAAUUUAAUUCCUCGGCGAGCAUCUCGUCGCGGUUCGACUCGGGGCCGCGCGCUCGACGCUCUCCGUCGAACUUUACUCGUAAGUUUAGUCGUAGGCUAGGGGUGGGCGGGCACCCGAGAUUUCGGGUUAAAGUCGGGUCUGGUAUUUUCUUCGGGCUCGGGUCGGGAUCCGAAAUUUUUCUGUACCCGGAAAGUUCGAGUAUUUGAGAUCGAAAGUCCCGGAAGCGAAUUGGGGAGUUUGUAAAUCCAGACAUUUCCUGGAAACCUAAGUACAUAUACAGGGUGGCGAAAAAUUUACCCAAAAUCGGGUAAUGAGGGGUUCCUGAGGCCAUUCGAAGUAACCUUUUCCUUAGCGCAAAUGCAAUCCGCGGCUUCGUUUACGAGUUAUCGACGAAAAACAGUGACCAAUGAGAAGCGAGCUCGGCUGGCGCAGGGCGGUGACUCGUAAAAUAAACUCGUAACUCGCGCAUUGCAUUUGCGUUAAGGAAAAUGUUGCUUCAAAUGACCCCAGAAACCUCUCAUUUCCCGGAAGUAACAUAAUUUUGG